AUCCUGUGAGGGUGCACCCUCACAGGUGCACUUCUUCUCAGCUCCACUUCACUGACGACAUCUACUGCAAAGAUGGUGAAAGGUAUCAACGUAAAUAACACGUCCUUCGAGUCCGGACAGACUCUGACUGUUGUUGGAGUCCCCAAUUCUGAUGCUACAAAUUUCACAAUGAACAUCGGCCCCGAUGAGAAGGACAUCACCAUGCACAUCAGCUCUCGUUUUGGCGCCCACGGAGUCAAUAAUGAGGUGGUGUACAACUCUUUCCACAAUGGAGAGUGGGGAUUGGAGCGCCGCGAGGGAGGCUUUCCUUUCCACCAUGGAAAGGAGUUCAAGAUCGUCGUUCAAUUCACCCCGACAGAGUUCCUGGUGACUUUAACAGACGGCUCUGAGAUUCACUUCCCCAACCGCAUGGAUGAGAAGAAGUGCACGGUCAUCAGCUUGGAAGGGGAUGUUCGCAUCACGAGCUUUCAGAUCAAAUAAAACCUCCACCCUCCCUGGAAUCGUUGGAUUGAAAUUUCUAUUUGUCUAGCAUCAGGUCACAUUUAGCCCCAGCUUUUAAGCUCCUGAAUACCACGUGGUGUCAGUUAGUGCCUUACAUAUAUAUCACACAAUCUAUAAUGUAAUAAGUUAGCUUGUUGACAUGUGCAGAUGCAGGCGACAUUUGCUUUGCAGUGUUUCGUUGAAAAGUGCAAAGAAAUUGUUCUUUAAGGUGCCUUUAAACGCUACAUGCUCUCUUGUUUUCCCUCCCAGACAUUCCAGAUUUAUAACUGAGUAUAAUGCUUUUGCCUUUGCAACAUGUAUUAAAGCACGUCCUUGAUAAACGUG